GCCAGCCCUGGUCGCAGACUUCAGACCAUCCCUCUGCUCCUGCCUCUCAGCCCCAUGGCCCGCUGUAGGACGCUGGUGGCCGCCGCCCUGGCGCUGCUCCUGCCGCUCCUGCAGCCUGGCCUUGCGUGGCACAAGCCCGCGGCGGGACCCCACAACUACGCCGUGGGCCGCGCCGCGGGGCUCCUGUCGAGUUUCUACAGGCUCCCGUCCACCAGCCGCUCCAGCUCCCCAGCCCUCCCGGUCGGAGCUGGACCCCUGCGCGGCGUGGAGAUGCACUCCAGCCUACGGAGCCUUGCCCUGUGUGUCAAAGACGUGACUCCGAACCUGCAGAGCUGCCAGCGGCAACUCCACAGCCAAGGGACUUUCCAGUGUAAGGCGGAUGUCUUCUUGUCGCUGCACGCGGCUGAAUGCCAAAGCUCCUGAGCCCCGAACCCCCGCCUCGCUGCCUCGCCGCUGUGGUGGGUAAACUCCCCACCCCUCCUGCCUGAAGCAGUGAAGGCCCUGUGUGGGGCUGGCUCCCAUGGCCCCCAACUCCCCCUCCACGCUC